AUGACUAAACAAAGGAAAGAUAAUAAACAAAAUCCAAAGAAAAAGUAUGAACUCGUGGCAGAUCUUAAGUUUAAACAUGAUUUGUUGACUAAUGAAUUGUUUCAUCUACAGAAAUUCAUUUCUUUGGUAGAGUUUGAUCCUUCUUACUCCAAUGAAUCUGAAAGCUAUAAAGAAUUUAUUGACAAGAAUGGUUUAGCUUUGGAAAUCACUGAAAUAAAUGGUAAAAUUGCAGACGGUCCCAACAAUAUAGAUGGUAAUACUCAAACAGGAAAGAAUACCAAGAUACGAAGAAGGCAAUUGCGUGAUACCACUCUCAGUAAGGAUCCGAAAUUGACCACAACCAGUCAGGUACAUCUUUCUGCAAUUAAUAUACUCGAUGAGAUAGAGCCCUUAGUACAAGAGAGAUAUCGUCAAUUAGAAAACUCAUUCAAAACAAAGGACAAUUCCAAAGUAGAACAUGUCAUUGUUAAAAAAGAAAAAACAUCCAAAGUCACAGAGCCAAUACUUCCUCCUCAUCCUACUCCAGUAUCGAAGGCAAAGAGAUCGUAUAGAAAGAUGAAAAAGGAAAGUAAUGAUAAUACACAUAAGGACAUUAACUCCCCACUUACAACUGAGCAAACGCCCAAGCAAUCACGAAAACCAUCAAAAACCUCUAUCCAGAUUAUCGAAAAUGAAAACAAUCAACAGGAAGAUGAAGAUAGCGAAAGCGACAGUUAUGAUUUUACAAGUUCUGAUGAAGAAGAUUUCAAAGCCAAGAGAGGCCGUAAGAAAAAACUUCCACGCUUGAACCUGAUAGUACAUCCACCACAACAAACAAUAACGAACCCAACAAAUAUCAUAAAACCUAAAUUUCCUACUUUAUCAGCAUAUCUAAAUUCAUUCAAAUCCCUAGAUGAUGAUAUAACUAUCCCUGAAUAUGAAAAAUAUAUAAUAGAACAGAAAGAUCUCGUAGCGAAAAUCAAGAAAGGUGUUGAAAAUGGUGCGCUUGUGUACGAUAAAGACACUGACUCAUUACAACCAAUCACCACCAAAGAGACUAAACUUGUUCAACUCAGUAAACCAGAUCCAAUUUCAUUUCUUUACAAGGAACAAAAUCUACACGUACAUCAGGACUAUUUGAUAAAUCAAGGGAUUUAUAUGAGUAAAUUGUUUCAUAGUUCGAGAAGAGCAAGGAUGGCAAGGGCCAAGAAAGUUUCCCAAAUGAUUGAUUCUCAUUUCAAGCAUAUCGCAGGAGCAGAAGAAAGGAAAUUAAAAGAAGAAGAACGAAAUAGGAAAUUAUUAGCUAGAACCACCAUGCAAAUUGUGAAGAAAAGAUGGAAUUUGGCGGAGAAGGCAUACCGUGUAUUGAAGAAAAACGAAGAGGAACAAUUACAGAAAAUUAAAGGGAAGGAACAUCUUUCCAAAAUAUUAGAGAAGAGUUCGCAAUUACUUGGUGCUCAAUUGAAUCAGCCUGCAGAUGAGGAUCUAUCAAUAAGUAGCGAUAAUAACGAUACUAGUAGUAAGUCUGACACGGAUAGUGAUGAUGAUAUGUUGUCGUCGUCAUCGUCAGCGCAUUCUGCAUCGUCAGACAAUGAAAUUGAAACGCAUGGUACCAAAUUAUCUCUGGGAUCAGUAAAAGCUGACAGCACUAUGGAUGAAGCUUUAUCCGUGGAAGAAUUAAGGAGAAAAUACUCAGGGCUAAAAGAUUUGAAAUUGGAUAACAACAAAGAUAGCGAUGAUGAAUCCAUUCUAGAUGAAUCUGAGUCAGAAACUGGUCCUUCCCAUAUAACUGAUGAAUCGUCCUCUGAUGAUAGUAUCUCAGAGAAUGAAGUAGAAGAAGGAAAGGUAGAAACUCAAGAGCAAGAGGUUGGACUUCAUUCGUUAUUUACUACAGAUCUUGAUGAAGAUAAUGACCAUGAUGAUAGUGAAGAUUUCCAAAUGUCUGAAUCAGAUGAAGAAAUGAAACAAGAAAACGAUUCCUUAGACGAAGCAGAUGCCAGAGAAGAUUCAAACAGAGAAACUUCUGAUAAAUACUCGGGAUAUGAUAGUCAAUUAUCUGUCGUAGACGUUCCUGUUCCACCUCUGUUACGAGGAACCUUACGAGUAUAUCAAAAGCAAGGUUUAAAUUGGUUGGCAUCAUUAUACAAUAACAAUACAAAUGGGAUUCUAGCAGACGAAAUGGGUUUAGGUAAAACAAUACAAACUAUCUCACUGUUGGCGUAUCUUGCUUGUGAGAAGCAAAUUUGGGGCCCUCACCUAAUUGUUGUCCCAACAUCUGUCUUAUUAAACUGGGAAAUGGAAUUCAAAAGGUUUGCUCCUGGGUUAAAAGUUCUUACAUAUUAUGGUUCUCCACAACAACGUAAGGAAAAAAGAAAAGGUUGGAAUAAACCCGAUGCCUUCCACGUUUGUAUAGUAUCAUAUCAAUUAGUUGUUCAAGAUCAACAUUCAUUUAAAAGAAAACGAUGGGAAUAUAUGGUUCUAGAUGAGGCACAUAACAUUAAGAACUUUAGAUCAACAAGGUGGCAAGCUUUAUUGAAUUUCAAUACUAGGCGAAGGUUACUACUUACUGGUACUCCUUUACAAAAUAAUUUAGCUGAACUUUGGUCAUUAUUAUAUUUUUUGAUGCCUCAAACCAUAAUUAAUGGUAAGAAAGUAUCCGGUUUCGCCGAUUUGGAUGCGUUUCAACAAUGGUUUGGUAGACCUGUGGAUAAACUAAUUGAAACAGGUGGCGGCUAUGCCCAAGAUGAAGAAACGAAGAAAACUGUCGCAAAAUUACAUCAGGUCUUACGUCCAUAUCUAUUAAGAAGAUUGAAGGCAGAUGUGGAAAAACAGAUGCCUGCGAAAUAUGAGCAUAUUGUCUACUGUAGGUUGUCAAAGAGACAAAGAUUUUUAUAUGACGACUUUAUGUCACGGUCCAAGACAAAAGCUACUCUGGCCAGUGGUAAUUUCAUGUCGAUUGUCAACUGUUUAAUGCAAUUGAGGAAAGUUUGUAACCAUCCAGAUUUGUUUGAAGUCAGGCCAAUUCUUACGUCCUUUGAACUUGGUGCCUCUGUAUCCAGUCACUAUACCACUAUGAAUAAGUUUAUGCAUAAAAUGCUAGCUUCAUCUGAUGAUUCCAGAGUAGAUUUAAAAAAUCUUAAUCUCGUAUUCUCUGAAAAUGAUAACAAUCUGACAAGUUACCAUUCUGAUUCCAUCUCAAAAUUGAAGUGUAUAAAAAGUUUCGUCAAAGAGAUAGAUAUUUUAAAGGAAGAAAUAACCAAAGCAAAAAUAGAAAAUACGAUAAUGAAUUUCGAUAAUGCAUCUGACUUCUACAAGAAUUACAAACGCACUUCUAUCCAGACUAAGAUCGAUGCACUGAUGGGUUUGUGGUAUAUCAACACAUUAAAGUCAGAUAGAAAACCGGUUUACGGAAAUAAUCUUAUAAAACUCGUAACAGUGGAUUCUAUAAGUGCCAAAAUAAACUCUCCCUCAUUAGAACCUCUAAUUAAACCAUUACAAACACGAUUUUUCUCAGAAAAUGAUACAAUUGAAAAAUAUGCUGUUCUUACGCCUAAGGCAGUUGCAUUAGAUAUGAGGUACCUAGAGUUAGGUUUAGAUGAUUCUAGUAUAUUAGAUGAAACUACAAAAAUGACUGUCUCUGAACAGUUGUACAACAUGCAAAGCCCAUUCCAUCAUUUACAAACAAAAUUAAGCAUUGCGUUUCCAGAUAAGUCGUUACUUCAAUAUGAUUGUGGGAAGCUCCAAAAAUUAGCUAUUCUUUUACAAAAUUUGAAAGAUAAUGGACAUAGGGCUCUAAUAUUUACACAAAUGACGAAAGUUUUAGAUGUUCUAGAACAGUUUCUAAAUUACCAUGGUUAUCUAUAUAUGAGGUUAGAUGGUGCAACUAAAGUAGAAGAUCGUCAAAUUCUAACUGAAAGGUUCAACACAGACUCUAAAGUGACAGUUUUCAUUCUAUCGAGUAGAUCUGGUGGUCUUGGUAUUAACCUAACAGGAGCAGAUACAGUUAUCUUCUAUGAUUCUGAUUGGAAUCCUGCUAUGGAUAAACAAUGUCAAGACCGUUGUCAUAGAAUUGGUCAAACUCGUGAUGUUCAUAUUUAUCGUUUUGUGAGCGAACAUACUAUUGAAAGUAAUAUUCUGAAAAAGGCAAAUCAAAAGAGAGAACUAGAUAAAGUUGUCAUUCAAAAAGGUGAUUUCACGACUGAUUAUUUCAGUAAACUUUCUGUAAAGGAUUUAUUGGGGCCAGAUGUUCCAGUAGAAGGAAUUAAUGAAAAUGCUCCUUUGCUUGCCGAUGAUCCUUCUGCUAGUAAAGAUCCUCGCCGUUUGGAAAAAUUAUUGGCGCAAGCUGAAGACGAAGAUGAUGUUCGAGCGGCCAAUUUAGCCUUGAAAGAGGUAGCUAUCGAUGAUGAAGAUUUUACAGAAGACGUUGAAAAGAAAGAAAAUUCCCUCAAUGAUGCAGGUUCUGUUGAUGAAUAUGAAGGUACUGGCCAUGUAGAAGAAUAUAUGAUCAGAUUUAUUGCCAAUGGUUACUACCAUUGA